AUGGCGCCCGUACUGGGCAAACUCUGCUCUGGCAUCUGCCAGGUUGCCGUUGCAUGCGGACUUUCCGGCGCCGUUUACUACCGCCGCAAGUACCGAAGUAUGGCCACCGACGACGCCAGUACCGUGCACUCACUCGUCACCUUCUCCAAGGAUGACCGGCGCGACAUGUACGACGUCGCCAUCGUAGGCGGCGGCAUUGUCGGUGUCGCCACGGCGCGCGAGAUCCGCAAAAAGUACCCCAGCAAACGCGUCGUUCUCAUCGAACGUGAGGCCGAUGUGGCGCAGCACCAGUCCGGCCACAACAGCGGCUGCAUCCACGCCGGCAUGUUCUACCCGCCCGGCUCCGCCAUGGCGCGCCUGUGCCCUCGCGGACACGGUCUGAUCAUCGACUACUGCAAGAAAAACAAACUCCCCUACGAGCUGUGUGGCAAGAUGAUCGUCGCCACCGAGGACAGCCAGCGCCCGAUCGUUCAGCGCCUGUACGACUGGGGUACUGCAAACGGUGUCAAGGGGCUUGAGAUCCUUGAAGGCGAGGAAGCUAUCAAGAAGAAGGAACCGCUGGUGACCGGUGUAUCUGCUUUGUGGUCCCCCGCUUCGGGCAUCGUGGACUUUUCGGAAGUCACGCGCUGCAUGCUGCGUGAGAUGACGGCCCACGCUGAUAACAACUUCGCCGUACAGUUUCAAUUUGAUGCUCAGGACUUCGUGGGCGUAUCGGUGACCAAGUCACCGGUGGCGGGUACAGAGGAGCUGGUGCUCAUCCGCGGCCGUGAAAAGCACCACCUGGGGCCGGAGAAGACCAUCUUGGCAAAGAACGUCAUAACCUGUUGUGGUCUCGACAGCGACAUAGUGGCGAAGCACUCUGGUGGCAUUGUGGAGUGGGUGGGCAAGCGUUUGCUGCAGACGUACAGCUUCCGCGGGCGGUACUACCAGUUGACGCCUGAGCGCAGUGAUCUCGUGCGCAUGCACGUGUACCCGUGCCCAGAUAACCGUAGAGGCUUGAGCGUUGGUGUGCAUUUCACACCGACAGUGGAUGUGCGUCGUGGCCGCCAGGUGAUCGUCGGACCAGGCUCUGCGUUGGCACUGGAUCGCUAUGGCUACACCCCCUACACGAUCGAUCUCGAGUACUGCUUCAACUGCGCCUUUAGCAAGGGUGGAUGGGUGAGUCUCACCUCCAACUUUGGUGUCAUCUGCCAGACCUACUACAUGGACCUCAGCAAGCGCAAGUUCCUAAGCGAGGCACAAAAGCUAAUCCCCUCUAUCGAGUCAAAGGACAUCGUGGACAGCUUCUGCGGCGUUAUGGGCGUCGGGGUGGCGGAGGACGGAACUCUCAGCAUGGAUCUCGCGAUGGAGUUCGCACGACCACGUGUAACGGUGCAGGCAACGAUGGACAAGAAUAAGGUACUGGAGGCAUUCAAAGGUGCGCCGAGCGCUGCUAAGGCAAUUGAGACGACCGGCAGUGCGAAGCCACUCAUCCUGAACGUUCGUAACGCACCGAGCCCGGCCGCCACCGCGUCUAUGGCAAUUGCGGAGGAUAUUGUGCAGGCUGCCACCUCACGCUUUCAGUGGUAG